AUGAAGUAGGACGCAAAAAUUCCGGCACCUAAAAACAAAUAAGGACAUUCAGGUUCUAGAAACAAAGUUCAUCCACCUGUUGAUAUCGGCUUCCUACAGAGUUCGCAACCGCCAUCCUGCGCCCCCAGGAAUUGGCAAAAUAAAUCCAACAAAUUCCUGCAAACUCUAUUAGAAAAUCGGAACAGGAACGGCACAAGCGCGCUACUUUCGGAAUUUCGGUCACGCCUGGUUGCUGUUCCCAUGGGUGAUCCUUUUCCCGGACGACCGCAGCAGAACGUUGUUAUUUUCCGAUAGCAAAAGGAAUUCGGUUUGGAAAAAAUUUUCACCUCAAUUUUACAGUGGAGCGUUCUGCUAGACGUGCACAAAUUGUCUACUAAUCUACCGGAAGGAAUUGAAAUAUGGAUCAAAUCGUAGAGGAAAGCGGUGAGGAUUCUCAGGCCCCGGAAUCCGCCUUCGAGGACGAUCUCAUCCCCAAAGAAAUAACCGACGAAUUUUUCGAAGAACUCUGCACCAAAUCUAAUUUGACGGUGAAGGACCUUCAGGGCAACCAGCAGUAUGGCCUGGCAGAAGAUUUUCAAAAGUUGCUUCUCGUCGGGCAACAGUUGCGCUCCCAGCUGCUGGAGGAACAGGAACGGAUCGAGAAGAUGCUGGAUGAGGUCACGGCAGCGGCCGAACGUGUAUCCCAAGCCGUGGCGAUGUCCCAACGAGAUCAGGACACCAUCGAGGCGCUCCGGUCGGAAAUCGAGGGAGCAUGGAAGCGGGCCGAUGCGGCACAAACCCGGGAGCAAACGGCACAGGAGGCGAUGAACCAGAUGCGCCAGAAGUUGGACAAACUGACGGCCGAAUCGGACCGCCACGGCGAGAAGGAAGAUGAGGUCGGCGCCAUGAUGGGCAAGCACAAGGAGAACAUCCUACGAGAGCGUGAUCGCCUUUUCGUCGAAGUCGAAGAGCUAAACCGUCGGCUACAGACACAGCGCGUCUAUGCCGAGGAGCUGGAACUCAAAUGCACCGACACCGAGCUCAAGGUGAAGGAGCUGUACAAGAUGCUCGAUGAAACAUCGAACGAAGCCUUUAGGGACAAGCGCAUGCUGGAGAAUCUGCAAUUCCAGCACAACGAAGUGGUCGCAGAGCUGGAGGUGAAAACGCAAGAAGCGGAUCACUUCAAAACGCUGUCGGAAUCUAGCCACAGGACAACGGUGCAGCAGGGCAUGCAGAUUGCUGCGAUACGGACUAGCUUGGAGCGCAUGACUACCAGCAGCAAUCUGUUGAAGGUUAAGCUGGCCAAAGCACAGGGAGAUUUCGAGAACAUGGUACAGCUCAAGGAGAAAGUGACCAACGAGUUGAACACCAAGGUCAAUAUUUUAAAGCUUAAAGAAGACGAGAACAACAAGUACAGACUGGAGAAUGCGAAGCUGGUGAAAAAGCAGGAACUGCUGAUGAAGAAAAUACUGACGCUGGAAACGACCAAGAGUGCAUUGGAUCAAGAAGUUUUAAAAUUGAAGAACACUAUUCUUACUUUCGAAAAAGAACGUGAUGCAAGCAAGAAGGCAUUCGAUGCAGCGAGGAAACAGGUGGAUGCCGUCUUACGAGAAAGGGACCUGGCUCGUAAGGAACUGGUCAAAGCCAAUAAACUCAACGGAGAUCUCACGGAGGCAUAUGCGCUUUCGGAGAAGCAACACAAAACGCUGGAAAACGAAAUCAAAGCACACGUGAUUGCGGCACAAAAACAGACCAUGCUGAUGAUCAAAAUCGAGAAGGAUCGGGACCGGAACGCCGAGGAAGCACAAAAUUUACACGAGAAAAUGGAACAAGCAAACGAAGAUUUGCUAUACAGACAGAAUCAGAUCAUGGAACUGAGGGAAAAGCUGCGGGAAACCGAAGGAAGAUUGUUCCAGUGUCAGACAACGCUGGAGAUGACCCGAAGUGAGCGAAACAUUUUCGAACGCGAUUUGGCAACCUGCACGAAGGAGAACGAAGGGUUGAAAGAGCGACUAAAGACAUGCGGACAGUCGGUUAGUCAGUUGAAGGAUGAAAAUACUACCAAGGUAGCAGAACUUUUCAAAGCUUGCAAGACGAUCGACAAGAUUGAGAAGGAGAAGCAAUCGCUGAAGAACGAGGUACAGAAUAUUUCGGUCACAUUGCAGCACACUAAGUCAGAGCUGAACGAGAAGAUAAUGGAGAACUCUCGGUUGAACAAAACACUCACGGAUGAUGCAACCAGCAUGUUGAGAUUGAAGAAGCAGCUAGAUGGAGCAAUCAACGAGAAAGACUUGAUCAAACAACAGCUAACUCAGCGGGUGGAUGAAAUCAACUCUUUGCUUGAGAAGCAGAAUAUGCUGAAUAUGGCAUUGGAUCGUGGAGAAAGUCAGUAUCGGGAUCGGUUGGACGAUAUUCGUUUGUUGAAGAUCGAGAUCAGUAAUUUGCGAUCACAGAGGAACCUUUUGGCUCGAGGUUUGGCCAAUACUGCUGACAUGCGCCAGGAAGUGCUGCAGAUGCACAGAGUUCUGAACCAUGAACGCGUCAAAGCUCGUGCAUUGGAAGACGAAAUGAUGACGCCAAUGAAUGUGCACCGGUGGCGCAAGUUGACCGGCAAGGAUCCGGAGAAGAUGGAUCUCAUUGUGAAAGUACAAACCCUGCAACGGCGAGUACUGUUCCAAUCUGUUACCGUAACUCAACAGGAGAAAACCAUCGAUGAGUCGGAAAAAAUGUAUGGCGGGCUGAAGGAAGUCGUGGAGCAGUUACCAAAUCAAAAAAUGAAAGAACAACUGUGUACCACCCAACGCGUACUAACAGCAAAGACCAAGAAGCUGAAGGCUUUAGCCGCGGAGGUUCGAGCUAAGGAGAUGGAUACUAAGAGUCAGGAGUGCUUGGUGGAAGAACUCAAGAAAUCCCUGCUGGAAACUAAGAAAGAGUUGGUCAAAGAAAAACGAGAAAAGCAAAAGCUUCUAGAGUCAGCACGUGGAGCCUACAUUGCGACCUCUGGAGGUCGCCGUCUGUCAUCACCAAAUUCCGGGGAUGUUAUUGUGUUUCAGCAGCAAAAAAACGGCAAUAGCGCUGGCUACCGCAUGGUUGGAGCUGGCUUCAAAGUAUCCUGCUAAUAGAUAUUGGGACAACAACCCGUCAUUAUCUGAUUGUAUCGUUUAUGAAAAAAUAUAACAGCUCCACCUAGUU